AUGGCCAUGAGUUCGUAUAUGGUGAACUCUAAGUAUGUGGACCCCAAAUUUCCUCCUUGCGAGGAAUAUUUGCAGAACAGCUACCUAGCUGAGCAGGGCACAGACUAUUACGGUGCCUCGCAAGGCUCUGACUUCCAGCAUCAGGGGAUCUAUCCACGGUCAAACUACAGCGAACAGCCCUUCAGUUGUAGCAAUGCCCAAGGCUCCGCAGUGCAGCCGCGGGGUCAUGGGCAGGAGCAAUCCGGCCCACCGAGUCAUUUUCCCGGGCAAGCUGAGCACUGCCCACCGCCUCCCAUGCCCGCCUCGAGAGCCUGCAGCCAGCAGCCAAACCUCAAAAGCUCCAGUGGGUCACCAGCAACAGCAGGAGCAGCAGCAGCAAUUAAGCAGCCUGCCGUGGUUUAUCCCUGGAUGAAGAAAGUCCACGUUAACUCGGUGAAUCCUAAUUACACCGGAGGGGAACCUAAGCGCUCCAGAACAGCCUACACGAGGCAGCAAGUCCUUGAACUGGAAAAGGAAUUCCACUUCAACCGGUAUUUGACUAGGCGCCGUCGGAUUGAAAUAGCCCAUACUUUGUGUCUCUCUGAACGCCAGAUCAAGAUCUGGUUCCAAAACAGAAGAAUGAAAUGGAAGAAAGACCACAAACUCCCCAACACGAAGGGCCGGUCCUCGAAUUCUUCUUCUGCCUCCAGCCAGCAUUUACAGACUAUUGCCAAGGAACCUCAGACGGACUUGACAACUUUAUAACUUGGAAAUGGUCCCUGUUUCAGGAGUCUGAUUCGGAACUGAACUGUCCAGAACGUACAGCUAGAAACACACGCGUGCGCGCCCGCCAAGCAGAUAUCAGCUAAAGCAGCUAGCAGCUAAAGACUCCCAAAGUGUCCUCAUCCUGCUUUAAGUUCCUGGAGACAGACCCAAUGAUGUUAUGGACUUCGUAGGAAGAAUGCAGAACAGCACAGCCACUCGGACAGACAAACUCUGCAUCCAGGUGGUGAGAAAGUGAUAUAUGUAUGUAUAUGUGUAUAUAUAUAUGUAUAUAUAUAGGAAUAUUUUUUAAAUAAAACUCCUCUAUCGACACACAGCAGUGAACCUUUGCAAACGAAAUGGUUUGAUGCUGCGCCUGGUAACUGCAAGGAAAGCUUUGGGUCCUUGAUUCUGAAUGAAGCUGUCCCACUCUGUGCCAUUCGGGGUUGUGUAUUUGAGUAAGUCUGAAACUGAAGUCUGCACGGAGAUGAGAAAACAAGAACUGUUUUUCUUCCUCCCAGCGGCUUUAUCAUUGAAAAGAAGAAGAAAAAGAAAAGGCUUACCCAUUCCCCUAACAUUUCAGAAAUAUUUUGAAAACAUGAAGUGAAACGGGUUAUUUUAUUUUUUAAAAUUGUGUUAGGGUAUUUAUUUAUUCAUUGGUUAGGAAAAGAGGGGGAAAGCGAAAGAACAGUCAAACCAAAAAUACAAAAGAGGACGAAAGCAAGUAUCUCCCCCAGCCGUAUUACUGAGAACAUUUUCACAAAUGCAGAGGACUUCUUCUCCCCACCCACCCACCUCCGCCACCUCCUGUUUUCUGGUCUCACUGUAUAUACAAACAUGGUUUCCAGCUCUUAACAAGAACUCUUAACUUCGUUGAAAUGAAGUGGACCGAAAACGUUUCCUUUUAUUCAUGCGCUGUACUUUGAGCCAAUAUCUUCUCAUGAAGACUCCAAACAAAACAAACUCGAAAACAAUUGUAAGCAGAAGCAAUGCAAAACAAAAAUGUAGUUUACAUAUUCCGAGUUAUUUCUGACAUCGAUGAAGUUUAUUUUGUAUUCAGACUAGAUAACAUGUUGUCUCUUUUCUUUUACUACCAUAUUUU